GAUUUGCGUUCGCGGUGCAUCAUCGACAAUCGACGAGAACUUCGGAGUGGAGCGGUCAUCUCAUCUCCCAUCUCCUUGCUAAUCGAGCGUGAGCGUGCAUACCGGUCAGUCAAGUGCAACAACUGGCAAGAUGAAGAUGGCGGAUGGACCUACGAUUUUGCGAAGAAACAGACCUGGAACGAAAGCAGAGGACUUUAGCAGGUGGCCUGAUGAACCAUUUGAAGAAAUGGAUAGCACCUUAGCUGUGCAACAAUAUAUUCAACAAAUGAUCAGAAGGGAUCCAUCUAACAUUGAUUUAAUACUUAAUAUGCCAGAAGCUAAUGAUGAAGGAGUAUGGAAAUAUGAACAUCUCAGACAGUUUUGCAUGGAGCUUAAUGGUUUGGCAGUGAGAUUACAAGAAGAAUGUCAUCCUGAAACAUGUACACAGAUGACAGCUACGGAGCAAUGGAUAUUUUUAUGUGCUGCACAUAAAACUCCUAAAGAAUGUCCUGCGAUUGAUUAUACUCGGCACACACUGGAUGGAGCAGCAUGUCUACUGAACAGCAACAAAUAUUUUCCCAGCAGAAUAAGUAUUAAAGAAUCUUCUGUAGCAAAACUUGGUUCUGUCUGCCGUAGGGUUUACAGAAUCUUCUCACAUGCAUACUUUCAUCAUAGAACAAUAUUUGAUGAAUUCGAAAAUGAGACUUUUCUUUGCCGCAGAUUUACCUCAUUUGUGACAAAAUAUAAUCUGAUGUCAAAGGACAAUUUAAUAGUACCUAUUAUGGAAGGUGAUGGCACAACGGAAAGCGAAGCAUAGGACUUAACAUUGCGAUCAUAUUGUUCAAAGUCAAAUUGCCAGAUCUAGUAGGAAAAAUCGCUAAUAUCCACGAAACAUUAAUACUUUAUGACAAAUAUAUAUAUAUGACAAAGGUCUUGGAAUAAGGUCAGUAAAUUUGUUCAUAUUUAAAUAGCAUAAAUUUGUUAUAAUCUUUUAUCUGUCUCCAAUAUGAUUAGAUUAAAUAGAAACUAUUUUCAAUGAUUGUUAUAUCAAUAAUUAUGCAAUUAUUGAAAUAUACAGAGUAUUUUCCAUAUUUUGGCAAAUCAAAUCUUUAUAUUUAUUUAUAUUUAUUUUUCAAUGUCUAAGAUCUGAGCAGUAUUUUAAGACAGCAUAAGAAAUUCAUUUAAAAAAAAAUCAAAUUUCGUAAAGCAUACUAUAUACAG